AUGUUGGAAAAGGUUGGAGUAAGAGGGAAGGAUAUUGUUGUUCUUGGUGUGGAAAAGAAGUCUGUGGCAAAACUUCAGGAUGAAAGAACUGUACGGAAGAUCUGUGCUCUUGAUGACAAUGUCUGCAUGGCUUUUGCAGGGCUGACGGCUGAUGCCAGAAUAGUUAUAAAUAGAGCUCGUGUGGAGUGUCAAAGCCACAGACUUACCGUGGAGGAUCCUGUCACCGUGGAAUACAUCACGCGUUAUAUUGCUAGUCUGAAACAGAGGUACACACAAAGUAACGGUCGCAGACCUUUUGGUAUCUCCGCUCUUAUCGUGGGAUUUGACUUUGAUGGAACCCCACGGCUGUACCAGACUGAUCCCUCUGGUACAUACCAUGCUUGGAAGGCUAAUGCCAUUGGCAGAGGAGCCAAAUCUGUGCGUGAAUUCCUGGAGAAAAACUAUACUGAUGAAGCCAUUGAAACAGACGAUCUAACUAUUAAACUUGUUAUCAAGGCACUUCUUGAGGUUGUGCAGUCUGGUGGGAAGAACAUCGAGCUGGCGGUGAUGAGGCGAGAACAGCCGCUGAAGAUCCUCAACCCUGAAGAAAUUGAGAAGUAUGUUGCUGAAAUUGAAAAAGAAAAGGAAGAAAAUGAAAAGAAAAAACAGAAGAAAACAUCAUGAUGAUUUUCAUUCAACGGCUUAGCUGCUUCUUUUUAAUUCAAGUGAUGGGUUACUCUGUAUACAACAUGUAGGCAUUCCACUUACUCAUCCUGUGCCCCUCUCGAGACCUACAAUAAACCUACUGAUUUUUUUUUUUAAAACUGUUGUUU